AUGAUAUCGUCGAUAAUUUCCCGACUUGUGAUAUUGAUAUUCGGGACCCUGUACCCGGCGUAUGCUUCGUACAAAGCUGUCCGGACCAAGAAUUUAAAGGAAUACGUAAAAUGGAUGAUGUACUGGAUAGUGUUCGCUUUAUUCACAUGCACGGAGACCUUCACAGACGUGUUCUUGUCAUGGUUUCCAUUCUACUACGAAGUGAAGAUAGUACUCGUACUAUGGCUUCUAUCGCCGGCCACCAAAGGUUCUUCCAUCCUCUACAGGAAAUUUGUUCAUCCGGCGCUUUGCAGACGGGAACAGGAAAUAGAUGAGUACAUAGCGAAGGCUAAAGACCAGGGUUACCAUACCGUGCUCAAUUUAGGCACCAAAGGCGUAAACUACGCUACAACUGUUAUUAUGCAGACUGCUAUAAAAAACCUCAAUUUGCCGAGCCCCGAGCAAGACAGAGAGCCGCGGGCUAGACAAGCUAUAGGGUCACGUGACGUCACAGAUGGCGACAUUUAUGAAGAUUUGGAAUAUCAACGAUCUGAUCUGCCUGGGAUUGUGGAGAUAGUGGAAUUGAAUAAUGAUAACUCAGACCAUGUCAUGGGUGAGGGUGAUGUCAACGACCCUGAUUACGAACCCGAUGACACUUCAGCUCGCAGUCGAGGUAACAUCAUUCGCAAACGUAAAACUGCCAAAGACAAAGAGAAGAGACCUCGAAGCAAAUCAAGGGGUCGCCGCACUAGGAGUCAGGCUGCCCAGGAUAAGGAGAUAUUGGGUGGAGGUGGGUUGGUUCAACAAUUGCGUAAGAGUUACAGCCUGUCCGACCUGACGGAGUGUGAGCCGCGCGAGGAAAGGGGCAGUGAUGAGGCUGAUGACGUGCUCACAGAACCAAGACUUGUACGACGAGGAGGACCGAAAAGUGGAUACCGUCGUAGCGCUUCCGAGUCAAACAGCCGUUCGCCGAUGUACUUCCCAGAGGUUGAUGUUGACGUCAGACCUCGGCCAAGGAGUGACGAACCUGAUUUUAGUCAUAUAAAGUCGUCGGAGGACAUAAGCUCGGGCUACUCGAGCGCAGACAACAGCGCGUCGCUGUCGCGCGCGGCGUCGCUGGGCGCGGCGGCGCGCGCGCGGGGCCGCUCGGCGCGCGUCACGUGCGUCACGCCCAUCAAGCGCCCGCAGGCGGCCGAGGAAAAUGAAGUAAUCAUCGAGGAGCUCCACGACACCGAUAGUUUUGAAUAUGCGAAUAUGCCUCCUCUUGUUAACCUCCCGACUCCAAUGUACUUAUCCCACACCCAACCACCUUUUAUAUAUCAAUAUGUUGGAGACCACAUUAAGAUUCUUCAAGUACUAGGUACUCAACUGUCUAACUCGAUUUCUAAUAAUGAACCUGAUAACAAUACAGAUCACUGGGACCAAAAAGAAAUCGCUUCUGAACAAACUUCGUUAAAUAAUUCUAUAAAAGCAGAAAACAUACCUUUUUCUAAAAAUAAAAUAGAGACUAUUGAUAAAGUAAGUGAUGUUGUUUCCGACAUUCCUGUUGUAAUUGAACAUAAAGACAAUAAUGAUGACCAAAUUAAUAUAGAAACUAAAAAUAUUGUUCAACCUAUUAUUGAAAUUGAUAAAGAACCAAUUAGCAUUAAUAUAAAAAAAGCAGGGAAUAUUUUAGAUGAAACUGCAGAAACAACUUGUCUUCAUACCUCACAAUACGAGAAUGAUUCUGUCGAAAGUGACGAUGAAGCGUCAUUUGGCACACCUGAAAAUUCGCCUAAAAGUAAACGAAAGUUACCAAAAGGUAAAUAUGGGAAAUGCAAAGCGCCAUCGCCGCCCAUGCUCAAAACAGAUAAUCUAAAAGUAGUUGAUGAAAAAGUUUGUGAAUCGGUAAGAGCAACUUUUAUUGAUAGUACCGCUUCCCAAGAAAGCCUUGUUGGCAUUGUUAGUAAACUGUCGUAUACCAGCAUUAAAAAGUCAGACUUUAACGAUAUUCAAUUUAGCAAUCUUGUAGAAGAAAAUAAAGGAAGGCAAAAAUCUAAAUCCCCGGCAAAUACUCCUAAAAGUAGUAGUUCUGGCAUAGGUAAACUGUUGCAGCUGCCAAGUAAGUUGGCUUUUUGGCACAAAACUGAGGACAAACCGAAAACUGACGAUACACGGACAUCAUCUGAUGAUCUCAGUAGAAGAUCAUCUACAUCUGAUCAAGCCCUGGAGGGAUUUCAAAGCUGCAGUGAAUUAAAUACUAUUGUCGCAGACGAGACAACAGUAGAUUACGAUAUUGAUAAAUUGCAACCUGAAAAAACUGAUCAAAAAAGUUUUGCAGAUGUAGUAGAUGUGGAUAAUGAAGUUAUAUCGAAAGAUAUAAUUGACAAGAGUGAUGCCCUUCAAAAGCUCAUUGAAGCGAAAAUAGAGAAUCAUCCAGACCCGCUUUUAUUUGCAGCUGAAGUUAGGCUGAACAGCAAUGCUGUCGGCCUCUGCUACCAUCCCCCGCGCAAAAAAAUCUAA